CUCCCCCCGCCCCGCUUUACUCAUAAACACAAACAGCAAAGCCUUCUUCUUCCUCCACAUCCUUCCUUCCAUCUCUUCGAGCUCUCACAGGCAGCCUUAGAGCUUCUUGCAUUGUGGUGGGAGCAAGUAGUUUGGGGGGAGAUUGGGACGGCGGCCAUGGCGCCAGCGGUGGCCGGCGGGAGCAGCCGGGGUGCAGGGUGUAAGUGCGGGUUCCAGGUGUGCGUGUGCUCUGGGUCGGCGGCGGUGGCGUCGGCGGGUUCGUCGCUGGAGGUGGAGAGAGCCAUGGCGGUGACGCCGGUGGAAGGGCAGGCGGCGCCGGUGGACGGCGAGAGCUGGGUCGGCGUCGAGCUCGGCCCCGACGGCGUGGAGACGGACGAGAGCGGCGCCGGCGUCGACGACCGCCCCGUCUUCAAGACCGAGAAGAUCAAGGGCGUCCUCCUCCACCCCUACAGGGUGCUGAUCUUUGUUCGUCUGAUAGCGUUCACCCUGUUCGUGAUCUGGCGUAUCUCGCACAAGAACCCGGACACGAUGUGGCUGUGGGUGACCUCCAUCUGCGGCGAGUUCUGGUUCGGCUUCUCCUGGCUGCUGGACCAGCUUCCAAAGCUCAACCCGAUCAACCGGAUCCCGGACCUCGCCGUGCUCCGGCAACGCUUCGACCGCGCCGACGGGACAUCCACAUUGCCGGGCCUCGACAUCUUCGUCACCACGGCCGACCCCAUCAAGGAACCCAUCCUGUCGACGGCCAACUCCGUGCUCUCCAUCCUGGCCGCCGACUACCCGGUGGACCGCAACACCUGCUACAUCUCCGACGACAGCGGCAUGCUCAUGACCUACGAGGCCAUGGCGGAGUCGGCCAAGUUCGCCACCCUCUGGGUGCCAUUCUGCCGCAAGCACGGCAUCGAACCACGCGGGCCGGAGAGCUACUUCGAGCUCAAGUCGCACCCGUACAUGGGGAGAGCGCACGACGAGUUCGUCAAUGACCGCCGCCGGGUGCGCAAGGAGUAUGAUGACUUCAAGGCCAAGAUUAACUCUCUGGAGACUGAUAUCCAGCAGAGGAAUGAUCUGCAUAACGCUGCCGUGCCGCAGAAUGGGGAUGGGAUCCCCAGGCCUACCUGGAUGGCUGAUGGAGUCCAGUGGCAGGGGACUUGGGUCGAGCCGUCCGCUAAUCACCGCAAGGGAGACCACGCCGGCAUCGUCCUGGUUCUGAUUGACCACCCGAGCCACGACCGCCUUCCCGGCGCGCCGGCGAGCGCCGACAACGCGCUGGACUUCAGCGGCGUGGACACCCGCCUCCCGAUGCUCGUCUACAUGUCCCGCGAGAAGCGCCCAGGCCACAACCACCAGAAGAAGGCCGGCGCCAUGAACGCGCUCACCAGGGCUUCCGCGCUGCUCUCCAACGCGCCCUUCAUCCUCAACCUCGACUGCGACCACUACAUCAACAACUCCCAGGCCCUCCGCGCCGGGAUCUGCUUCAUGGUCGGCCGGGACAGCGACACCGUCGCCUUCGUGCAGUUCCCGCAGCGGUUCGAGGGCGUCGACCCCACGGACCUCUACGCCAACCACAACCGCAUCUUCUUCGACGGCACCCUCAGGGCGCUCGACGGAAUGCAAGGCCCGAUCUAUGUCGGCACGGGAUGCCUCUUCCGGCGCAUCACCGUCUACGGCUUCGACCCGCCCAGGAUCAACGUCGGCGGGCCAUGCUUCCCUGCUCUCGGUGGCCUGUUCGCCAAGACCAAGUAUGAGAAGCCCAGCAUGGAGAUGACCAUGGCGAGAGCCAACCAGGCCGUGGUGCCGGCCAUGGCCAAGGGGAAGCACGGCUUCCUGCCGCUCCCCAAGAAGACGUACGGGAAGUCCGACAAGUUCGUGGACACCAUCCCGCGCGCGUCCCACCCGUCGCCGUACGCGGCGGAGGGGAUCCGCGUGGUGGACUCCGGCGCGGAGACUCUGGCUGAGGCCGUCAAGGUGACCGGAUCGGCAUUCGAGCAGAAGACCGGAUGGGGCAGCGAGCUCGGCUGGGUCUACGACACUGUCACAGAGGACGUGGUGACUGGCUACAGGAUGCACAUCAAGGGCUGGAGGUCCCGCUACUGCUCCAUCUACCCGCACGCCUUCAUCGGCACCGCCCCGAUCAACCUCACGGAGCGGCUCUUCCAGGUGCUCCGCUGGUCCACCGGCUCCCUCGAGAUCUUCUUCUCCAAGAACAACCCGCUCUUCGGCAGCACCUACCUGCACCCGCUCCAGCGCGUCGCCUACAUCAACAUCACCACAUACCCGUUCACCGCCAUCUUCCUCAUCUUCUACACCACCGUGCCGGCGCUCUCCUUCGUCACCGGCCACUUCAUCGUGCAGCGCCCGACGACCAUGUUCUACGUCUACCUGGGGAUCGUGCUGGCGACGCUGCUCAUCAUCGCUGUUCUUGAGGUCAAGUGGGCUGGAGUGACAGUGUUCGAGUGGUUCAGGAACGGGCAGUUCUGGAUGACGGCUAGCUGCUCCGCCUACCUUGCUGCUGUGUGCCAGGUGCUCACCAAGGUGAUCUUCAGGAGGGACAUCUCAUUCAAGCUCACUUCCAAGCUGCCUGCUGGGGACGAGAAGAAGGACCCCUAUGCCGAUCUGUACGUGGUGCGUUGGACUCCACUCAUGAUCACUCCAAUCAUCAUCAUCUUCGUCAACAUCAUCGGCUCGGCGGUGGCCUUCGCCAAGGUGCUGGACGGCGAGUGGACGCACUGGCUCAAGGUGGCGGGAGGAGUCUUCUUCAACUUCUGGGUGCUGUUCCACCUCUACCCGUUCGCCAAGGGUCUCCUGGGGAAGCAUGGCAAGACCCCCGUCGUCGUGCUCGUCUGGUGGGCAUUCACCUUCGUCAUCACCGCCGUCCUCUACAUCAACAUCCCGCACAUCCAUGGAGGAGGAGGCAAGCACAGCGUGGGGCAUGGGAUGCACCAUGGCAAGAAGUUCGACGGCUACUACCUCUGGCCGUGAGCGCGCGCCGCGGGGCCGGCGCGCGGGGGUCGAUCGGGACGAAGAAGAUCGACAGACAGACAGAGCCUGUGUGAGUUGAUGCAUCGCAUCCUGCAUUGCAUGAGAAACAAGAGACAGAGUCAUCAUCCACUGAAAUGUGGAGUGUGCAUAUAGAUGGAUGCAUCGUUCUGAACCUGGUGAUCGUCAAGAAGCAGAGCUGCCAAAGUUUGAACCUUUUCUUCUUCUUCUUCUUCUUCGACUUUUUUGCUCUUAGUUUUGUCCAGAGAAAGUUGGUUUGAUUCCAUUUAGUUUUUUAAUUACCCGUGGUAAUUAAUUAUAUGUACUUAAUUAUACAUAUUACCGGAACAAGGGUGGGGGGUACUUACCGGCGGGGCCGGGCUGUAAGUACUAGUACAUGCUGGAGAGGUAUACAGACAGAGGGAGAGGCUGGGAGCGGGGCCCCGUGUGGUGGUAUUCUUUAUUUUAUUAGUAUAUGGAAACAAUAAUUUAAUUAUAUUCAUUUGUGCA